CCCCCCCCCCCCCCCCCCCCCCCCUCUCUCUCUCUCACACACACAAACACACUCACACACAACCCCAUAAUCUGAUUAGCCGUACCUUCCACCCUCCUUUUCUCCACACCUUCUCAACCACUCCCACUUUACAGAGUCCCAACAAAUAAAGAGAGAGAAACUUAAUUUUAGAGAGAGAGAAUAUAUAUGGAGUUUUCUAAAUUGUAGGGGUUUGAUUUGGGGCGUGACAGUAGUUGUUGCAUGGGACUGGGGGAAUUAAAUCAGACCACUCCAAGUGCUAUUCAUUAGUCUACAACUACUACUACUUCUUCAUUAUUAAUUCAAUCUUCAAACAAAACCAAUCUCUGUCUUCUUCUUCUUCUUCUUCUUCCUUCUUAUUCAUGGAGUUGAAGAGUAGCAUUAGAUUGAGAUUUUUCAACAAAACACCUCUCUUUUACUUCACCGCCAUUUUCUUCUUCUUCUUCUUCUUCUUCUCUGUUUGUGCAUUUCUCAGCACCAAAACUCCCUGUUUAGAUACCAGGUGUCAUUUAACUGGUACUAAAGCAGAUUUUUACUUUCAGGAAUGUUUCGAGAGAGUGUCUUCAGAGAAACUGAAUGGUGAAGAGAUGGUGUCGUUGAGGUUGGCUAGGACACCUAGGAGGUUGUUGGGUGGGCUGGGAUCCUCGCCGCCCCGGUGCAUUUCUAAGUGCGGCAGGUGCACGCCCUGCAAGCCUGUUCACGUGCCGGUGCCUCCCGGAACGCCGGUCACAGCCGAGUACUACCCGGAGGCAUGGAGGUGCAAAUGUGGCAACAAGUUGUAUAUGCCCUAGUUCUAUAUAUAUAUAUAGCUUUGCUAUAUAUGUGCAUGGUUAAUUAUUAAUUAAUUUCAUAUAGACUUUUCAUUUUCUAUA